CCCUGGGCAGCUGCAGUGACUAAGCCAGUGCGGUCGGUGCCUCAGAGGAAAUGAAGGAGCCCGAUGAUCAAGAUACUGAGGUGGGGAGAUCAGAGAGGUCAGAGAGGUCAGAGAGGUCAAAGAGCAGUGGAAGUCAGUCUCGGGGGUCCUCGCAAGCUUUAUCAAGAUCCACUACAAGAGAAGAUAAACUCCUCUUAGAAGAUACAGACGAAAUAUUCACUGACGGCGAAGAAUCAUAUUUAGAGGAUGAGGAAUCAGAAGAAGAAGAUUGGGAAGGAAGUUCCAGUUCCUUUCAAGAUUAUUACAGGGAAACCAGUGGAGGAUCUCGGUCUAUGGAAACCCCUGGCUCAGCUGCAGAAGACACAGAGGAGGACGUUAGGAAGAAAAUAUCAGAGAGCUUCUUUUACGAUUAUAUGGAAAUGGUUUCCAUGCCUUUUGUGUCUCCAGAGUCGGACAUACCACUGGAACUUAUCAUACUUGUACAUUCCUUUGGCUAUGACUGCAAAAAGCGGGCCAACCUACAGUUGCUGGACAACAAUACAAUCAUGUACAUCGCCGGGAACCAGCUGAUCAUUCUGAAUUUGAAAACCAAGGAACAGCUGUACCUGCGAAGUAUUAGUGGUACAGGAAUUGGUGUCAUUGGGGUUCACCCUAAUAAAACUCACUUCGCAGUAGCUGAAAAAGGAGUUGCCCCAAAGAUAAUCAUAUAUGAAUAUCCUUCUCUGAGGCCCUACAGAAUCCUUCAUGAUGGGGCUGACUUAGGCUAUGCUUACGUGGACUUUAACUACAGCGGGACACUGCUGGCCUCUGUUGGUAGCAGCCCUGAUUAUACUUUGACCAUCUGGGAUUGGAAAGAGGAACAGCCCAUACUGAGGACAAAAGCUUUUUCCCAGGAAGUCUUUAAGGUUACUUUCAAUCCUGAAGAUGACGAGCAGCUUACUACAGCAGGAUCGGGCCACAUCAAAUUCUGGGAAAUGGCUCAAACAUUCACUGGUCUCAAGCUUCAGGGCUUCCUAGGUCGAUUUGGCAAAACAGCCACUACUGAUAUAGAAGGCUACAUGGAGCUCCCAGAUGGGAAGGUGCUGUCUGGGUCAGAAUGGGGCAACAUGCUGGUUUGGGAAGCUGGCCUCAUCAAAGUCGAGCUCACUCGAACUGGAAAUAAACUUUGUCACCAGGGCCCCAUCAAUCAGAUAAUGCUGGACGAGGGGGAAGUUAUCACCAUUGGGUCAGAUGGAUGGGUUAGGAUAUGGGAUUUUGAGACCAUAGACACUGCUGAUAUUGUAGACGAGACUGGAUUGCUAGAGAUUGAGCCCAUCAAUGAACUUCAAGUGGACAAGAAUGUUAAACUCUUCUCCAUGAUAAAAAUGAGCGAAGCUGGAAAUAACUUUUGGUUGGCUCAGGAUUCCAAUGGAGCCAUAUGGAAGCUUGACCUCAGUUUUUCAAAUAUUACACAAGAUCCAGAAUGCCUCUUCUCCUUCCAUUCUGGAGCCGUGGAAGCCUUGGCUAUGUCUCCUCUCACUUACCUUAUGGCCACAACUGCCUUGGACUGUUCUGUUCGAAUCUAUGAUUUUGCUAGCAAAAAUUUUUUGACUCAAGUGAAAUUCAAACAAGGAGGCACAGCUCUUGCUUGGGUACCUCGUCUGAUAAGCUUCACCGGAGCACAGAUUAUUAUAGGAUUUGAAGAUGGGGUUGUUCGAGUUCUUGAACUUUAUGAUCCAAAAGAGCUCACAAUUUUUGCAGGACGGAAGAAAUAUUCAGAUGCAGAUCUUCAUUUGAAACAUGUUUUCAAACCCCAUACUGCUCAGGUUACUGCUUUAGCUUUUGAACGUGAUGGAGAAAUUCUAGCCACAGGGAGUAAAGAUAAAACUGUGUUCUUCUUUGAAGUGGAAAAGGAUUAUAAACCAAUUGGUUAUAUUAAUACUCCCGGACCUGUUAUCCAGUUAGUAUGGUCUCCGGUCUCUCAUCCUGAAAGUACUUUAUUGAUUUUCUGUGAGAAUGGCUAUGUCCUUGAAGCUCCAGUUCCAACCAUAAAGGCGGACGUGGAGGAUGACAAUAUAGUUACCUAUGAAAUCAAAGACAUGUGCAUAAAAUGUUUCCACUUCUCAAGUGUCAAAUCUAAGAUUCUGAGAUUAAUAGAAAUUGAAAAGAGAAGGAAACAAAAGGAGUUGAAAGAGAAGGAAAAGGAAGAAAGGAGGACACGGCUAGCAGAGGUGGGAGAAGAGGAGGUGGAGGAUAAGAAAGAAGAGAAGGAGGAGGAGGAAGAGGAGGAGGCAGUGGUGGAGGAGGAGGAGGAGGAGCCAUUACCUGAAAUCUUUAUUCCAUCAACCCCCAGUCGCAUCCUCUGUGGGUUUUACUCUGGACCAGGGAAGUUCUGGCUUUCUUUGGGCGGCUAUGAUUCUGGUUUUCUAUAUCAUUGUGAGUUCCCCCCAUAUGACAAAAGCAGUGAUAUCACACAGCAGAAAGAUGAACCUUUCGAUUUCCGUUUUCUUGAGGCUACAGAAGAUAAUCCCAUCCAAACCAUCACUUUCAGUAUUAACCAAGAUUUUAUGUUUUGUGGACUGCACAAUGGAGCAAUUCGAAUCUAUAUCCUAAGCCCGAAUGACUCUUCACUGACCACUCUGGAAAGCUACUGGCACUUCACUGUGCAUGACAAUACUUACGGACGUAUUACAAGCAUUUCUGCUAGCUUUGAUGACCAGUUUUUGGUGACUACUGGAGCAGAUGGCAAUAUCUUCGUGUUCACCAUUUUUUCUGUUUUUGAUUUAAGAGAAAGCAUGGAAGCCAAAGUGCCAUCUCCCAGGUUUGGAAUUGAAACAGAGCCAAUUCCAGAAGAUAUUGAAGAUCCCAAAGCCUACAGUAUAGAGAAUGCCAGAAGAAAAAGAGAACAUGACAAGUUAAUGAAAGAAGUGGAAGAAAUGAAGGCCAAGAAGAGAGAACAACUCAAAGCUUUGAGGAAUCAAUUUCAGAAACUGUUAGAAAUGAACAAAGAAUUACCAAAGCAUAUGCAGUUUCAACGGACAGAUUUUAAUAUAGAUGCCAAAAUUCGUGCUGAGAUGAACAGAAAAACAGCUCAUAACAUUCAUCAAGUGGAAAAGGAAUUAGCUUGGGAAAAAGAGAAACAUGAAUUUGGCCUAAAGAAGCUAGAGAAAAGGUUUCGUGACUCACUGGAAGGCGACACUAUCGUGGUUCACGCCAUACAAAGCGAUCACAAGAUAACCUCCUAUAGGCUCGUGAAGCCAUCCAAGUAUUUCAAAUCCAAGCGGCCAAGUCAGUCCGAGAGAAGGGCAAGCAAAAUGGAGAGGUUUGAAAAAGAAGGAACUGGAAGAAAGGAUAGCCAGAAAGAGACAGGUAACCUAAAUGACCAGAAGGCUUUUCAAUCCUCACUUAAGCUUUGACAACCGGAUUGUGUGUUUGUAGGCAGAACAUUGGAAAGCCUUUUGG